UCCCUGAAGGCAAAUUUGGCCCUCCAGUCCUCUCUGAUCCUCAGGACUCUUCCCAGACUGCACCCCUCUGUGGAGAUGCUGGUCCACGAGGGCAAAUGGGGCACUGCCCCACCAGUGCCAGGUGGCCCCCACCUGCCUGCCUUCUUCCUUGCAACCAAGCCAAAGAGAACUGCUGUCUGUCGCUUUCCUCCUCUCAGUGUUGCCCCUUGCGGAAUUCAGCAGGUAGGAGGAUGGGGGCAACCCUAGAAUUGGUUGGCUCUGCCUGCCACUGCCUCUCUGGCGCCACCUACUGUUGGGCUCCUCGGCUUCCGCCCUACCAGCCCCAGCGGGCACCAGCCACCGUUGAAAGUAGCCUACCAGUCGAGAGGUGAAGUUUUCAUUCAUUCCCCAGUCCUCUCUUGCCCCAGGCCCCGCCCACCAUUGGCAUGUGGCCCCCGGAAGGCUGCCCACAAGGGAAUACGGCCCUCGAGCUCCCCACCCCGUAAAAGGGAAACAUGCUUAUCAGACCGUCUGCAAAUGCAUCAAAGGGUUAAAGUGACCGAGUGCUUGGUUUGCUAGAGGGGCCAAAUAAAGUGCUGUGUUUUUGUGUGUUUUUUUUGGCUGGAUGGAAAACACUCGAGGUUUUUUCCCUGUUGGGGGUGGGGUUUGGUUUUGAAUUCGCCUGCAGCAAAAAAACCAAAAAACCAACCAAAAACAGGAGGAGGAAGGAAGGGAAAAAAGAUCUCAGUGCGUGAAGAGAGAAGCUUCUAUACAAGAGUUUAACUCUGGGAUGAGAUGGAGGAGCAAGCGAGUCGUAGGCAAAAGGCUGUCUUGCAAAGUGUCGGAGAAGCUCCUGACGUCCUCCAGGCUGUGAUCAUCGGAGAAGAUCUGCAGAGAAUACCGGAAGUUCGGAUCAAGGAGGAACCGAGCGAGGGGCAGCUGCAGCGCUGGGAAACCCAGUGGCAGGACUUCCUGAAGAAAGUGGAGGUUUCUCAGUUAGGCUGGGCACCACAGCUGGAGGAGCCCACCCCCUGGGACGACGCCACGGCCUUCUUCGCCUCUUUCGAGCAAGUGGCCCAAGCCUGCCGGUGGCCCAAGGUGGAGUGGGUGGCCCGACUCCUGCCGGCCCUCAGGGGAGAAGCCGAGCAGGCCUUCAGUGGGCUGGAGGCCGGAGACAGAGAGGAUUAUGGGAAAGUGAAGGCGGCCAUCUUGCAAAGGGACGCCAUCGGUAGAGAGAAACUGCGUCAACACUUCCGGGGCUUCUGCUACCAGGAGGCUGAAGGGCCCAGAGGUGCCUACACCCGGCUGCAGGAGCUUUGCUCCCGGUGGCUGAAGGUGGAGAGGCACACCAAGGAGCAGAUCCUGGAGCUGCUGAUCCUGGAGCAGUUCCUGACCGUCCUUCCGCCGGAGAUCCAGAGCUGGGUGAGGGAGUGCGGCCCAGAGACCUGUUCCCAGGCGGUGGCCCUGGCCGAGGACUUCCUCCUGAGGCAGCAGCAGACCAAGAGAUGGGAAGUGCAGGAGCUGGCAAAGUUUGAGGAGGUGGUGGUGUGCUCUGUGAAGACUGAACCAUCUCCCUCCAGCCCUGUGGAGAUGAAGAAAACCAAGCAGGAUCUGGGUUCUGGGGUGCUGGGCUAUGUGCAGCUGAGCAAAGGUGGAGAGAAAAUUCUGGAGUCUUCUGAGCCUGAGGCGUUCCACGGGAGAGCAACUGUGACUGUUUCCCUGGCUGAGGAGGUGGGCAAAACGGGCAGGAGCCAACAUGCCCCAAAGAGGCAGCAAAGAAACCGCCAGAGGAAUCGGGCAGGAGGAUCCGUUCCUGGCGUGGCAGACGAGGCCCUUGGCAAACGCCUCUCAAGGCCUAAAGAACAGCCCUGCGCCAUUCCAGAGGGAGGUUUUGGCAAAGACUCCAGGCGUGGCCAACUUGAAAGAACCCAAAAUGGCGGGGGACAGGUUCAGGACGCCGGGGAGAGCCCUCUUCUGAGACCUGAGAAGUCGCGCAUGUGCUCUUUCUGCGGGAAAGCCUUCUGCGAGAUCGCCCACAUGAGGGCCACACACUUCGAGAAGAAGCCCUUCCAGUGCUCGGCCUGCGCAAAGUGCUUCAGCCGCAACUCGCUGCUCCUCAAGCAUGAGAGGACGCAUGACGGGGAGAAGCCAUACCCCUGCUCCACGUGCGGGAAGAGCUUCGUGUACAGCUGGAACCUCAUUAAGCACAAGAAGAAGCACACGGGCGAGAAGCCCCACAAGUGCUCGGCGUGCGGGAAAACCUUCUUCGAGCGCUCGGACCUCGUGCGGCACGAGAGGACUCACACGGGAGAGAAGCCCUACAGGUGCUCCCACUGCUGGAGGCGAUUCAGCCAACAGUGGCUCCUGAUGAAACAUGAGAAAACCCACAUGGCAUAGAAACCUCCACAGGGCGAGGAAAUGAUAUCUGAAGGGGCUUC